AUGAUUAUCACAGUUCUUUCCAAUAAUUCUCAUCUUUUCCCACGUACUUUCUUCUUGGCUGGCAUCCCAGGACUGACUGCUGCCCACAUUUGGAUCUCACUUCCCUUUUGCUUCAUGUUCUUCCUGGCAGUGACUGGGAAUGGUGUCCUGCUUUUUCUCACCUGGACAGAAUGUAGCCUUCACCAGCCCAUGUUUUUCUUUCUUGCCAUGCUCUCCUUUGUCGACCUGGUCCUCUCCCUGUCCACUCUGCCCAAGAUGCUCGCCAUCUUCUGGUUUGAUGCUACAGCCAUCAGCUCCCACUCCUGUUUUUUGCAGAUGUUCUUCAUCCAUGCAUUCUCUGCCAUGGAGUCGGGAGUGCUGGUGGCCAUGGCCCUGGAUCGCCUUGUGGCCAUCUGUGACCCAUUGCGUUACCCCACCAUUCUUACCCCAGUUGUUGUUGUCAAGAUUGGAGGCGUGGUAGUGCUUCGAGGUGUGGGGUUGACCAUCUCCUUUCCAAGCCUGGCUCAUCGGCUGCCCUACUGUGGCUCCCACACAAUUGCCUAUACCUACUGUGAGCAUAUGGCAGUGGUAAAGCUGGCUUGUGGGGCCACUGCUGUGGAUAACCUCUAUGCCUUUGCUGUGGCAAUCUUUGUUGGUGUGGGAGAUGUGGCCUUUAUCCUCUACUCCUACUGGCAGAUUGUGAGGACUGUGAUUCAUUUUCCUUCACCCAAGGCACGUGCCAAAGCAGGCAGCACAUGUACGGCUCACAUCUGUGUCAUCUUUUUCUUCUAUGGACCAGGCUUUCUUUCCGUGGUCAUGCAGCGCUUUGGCCCUCCCAUGGCCUCUGCUGCCAAGGUCAUCCUUGCCAGUCUCUACUUGCUCUUUCCCCCUGCACUGGACCCCAUUGUCUAUGGGGUCAAGACCAAGAAGAUCCGGGAGCAAGUGUUUAAAAUUCUAAAACCCAAGAGGAUUGAUUCCACUUGA